AUGGUUUUGUCAACACAAAUUCAAAACCCAAAAAAACCCUAAUUCGCCGUCGAUAUAAAGAUAAAAACCGUAGUCUUUGCUCUCCGUUUCCUUUCAGCCGUCGAAAAUGUCGAAGCGAGGACGUGGAGGGUCAGCGGGUAACAAGUUCAGGAUGUCACUGGGUUUGCCAGUUGCAGCUACAGUGAACUGUGCUGAUAACACUGGUGCAAAGAACCUUUAUAUCAUCUCGGUGAAGGGAAUCAAGGGUCGCCUUAACCGCUUGCCAUCUGCUUGUGUUGGAGAUAUGGUGAUGGCUACUGUCAAGAAAGGGAAGCCUGAUCUCAGGAAGAAGGUCUUGCCUGCUGUCAUUGUGAGGCAGCGCAAGCCCUGGCGUAGAAAGGAUGGUGUUUACAUGUACUUCGAAGAUAAUGCCGGUGUUAUUGUGAAUCCAAAGGGAGAAAUGAAAGGUUCUGCUAUAACUGGUCCAAUUGGAAAGGAGUGUGCUGAUCUGUGGCCAAGGAUUGCAAGUGCAGCCAAUGCCAUUGUUUAGGAAUUCAAAUUUUAGAGGUUUUGUUUCUCUGCAUUGGACUAAUAGUUUGCUGGAUCAAGAUUUUGAUAUAUUAAGUUUUUGUUUCUUCAGAAUAUUAUUUGGAUGUUCUGAUUUGAUCUUGAGUUUGGAGAUGGAAUGUAGUUUGUGGAGAUCUUUUCCAAUGUGGAUGUGGCCUUUUAAUAUGUCAUACUGGAGAUAUAUCUAUCCUUGUGCCUCUGUUCUGUAAUCAAAAUUUACCCAUAAAGCAUAACAUAGCCGCGUCAGUAAAUCUGGUAAUUUAGACGAAACUAAGGAUAUGGAUAUACAAAUUAUCAAAUCUAGCUGGGUGAGACAUGUAGCGGUGUUCCUUAUCUCGAGUCAAUUAGGGUACAUUAUGGCUCAAAGAAUUUUCAACAAUUUGUUUAUACUGUCAAGACAUGAGUACGGCAUUUCUUGCACGA